GUGCGCAUGCGCAGAGGGGGCCGGGCGCGACCGGCGCGUGCGCAGUGGAGGCGCCGCUGCAGUGAUAGGGGAGGGGGAGCGUCCGCCAUUUUAGCCCUUGGAGGGAAAGGAGGGCGAGUCGUCAGUCAGUCGGUCGCUGGAGGCCGAGCAGAUCUGCUCUAAGCACCAUGAGAGAAAAAGUGUAAGAUACCAUCAUGAUUGGAGGCUUAUUCAUUUAUAAUCACAAGGGAGAGGUUUUAAUCUCUCGAGUCUACAGAGAUGACAUUGGGCGGAAUGCAGUGGAUGCCUUCCGGGUCAAUGUCAUCCAUGCACGGCAACAGGUGCGCUCACCUGUCACCAAUAUUGCCCGAACAAGUUUCUUCCAUGUCAAGCGUUCCAACAUCUGGCUGGCUGCUGUCACCAAGCAAAAUGUCAAUGCUGCUAUGGUCUUUGAGUUCCUCUAUAAGAUGUGUGAUGUGAUGACUGCCUACUUUGGAAAGAUCAGUGAAGAGAACAUCAAGAACAACUUUGUGCUCAUCUACGAGCUUCUGGAUGAAAUCCUGGAUUUUGGUUACCCUCAGAAUUCCGAGACAGGAGCACUGAAAACAUUCAUCACCCAGCAAGGAAUCAAGAGCCAGCACCAGACUAAAGAAGAACAGUCUCAGAUUACUAGCCAGGUGACUGGUCAGAUCGGUUGGAGGCGUGAAGGCAUCAAAUACCGUCGCAAUGAACUCUUUCUGGAUGUGCUGGAAAGUGUGAACUUGUUAAUGUCACCACAAGGUCAAGUGUUGAGUGCCCAUGUCUCCGGCAGGGUAGUGAUGAAGAGCUAUCUCAGUGGGAUGCCUGAGUGCAAGUUUGGCAUGAACGACAAAAUUGUAAUUGAGAAACAAGGCAAAGGGACUGCAGAUGAGACAGGGAAAAGUGAAGCAGGAAGCGGGAAACAGUCAAUUGCUAUUGAUGACUGCACCUUCCACCAAUGCGUGAGGCUCAGCAAGUUUGACUCAGAGAGGAGUAUUAGCUUCAUACCCCCAGAUGGAGAGUUUGAACUAAUGAGGUAUCGAACCACUAAGGACAUUAUCCUGCCUUUCCGAGUGAUCCCAUUGGUACGGGAAGUGGGUCGCACCAAACUGGAGGUGAAGGUGGUGAUCAAGUCCAACUUCAAGCCUUCACUCUUGGCUCAGAAGAUAGAGGUGCGAAUCCCAACCCCUCUGAACACCAGUGGUGUACAAGUUAUCUGCAUGAAAGGGAAGGCAAAAUACAAGGCUAGUGAGAACGCCAUUGUUUGGAAAAUUAAGCGCAUGGCUGGAAUGAAGGAGUCCCAGAUCAGUGCAGAGAUUGAACUGCUUCCGACUAAUGACAAGAAGAAAUGGGCUCGGCCACCAAUCUCCAUGAACUUUGAGGUCCCCUUUGCACCCUCUGGACUGAAGGUUCGCUACCUGAAAGUGUUUGAGCCAAAGCUGAACUACAGUGACCACGAUGUGAUCAAAUGGGUGAGGUAUAUUGGCAGGAGUGGAAUCUACGAGACGAGAUGCUAGCCCUCCGCAGCUGACUGGCUCCCUCUUUUCCCAGCCUCCCUUGGUCUCAAAAGUACAAUUGAAAAUCAUUUCUUUGGCCCCUCCUCUGUGCAGAGGCUGGAUGCUGGACUCCUGCAGCUCCUCUCUGAAAAAAGGACACUGGUGUCUGGUUUGGUUUCAGUUACUUAUUGGAGUUGCAGCUGAAGCCAGGUGCCUCGCUUCUGUUCCAGGGUAUAAAAGGGCCAGUCUAACCAUCAUCCCCUUUGUGGUCAUUCUAGGGAACAUCCACCAUGUGAUAAACCCCCACCUCUUCUGUUGUCACUACUUGCAUCAUAUCCUAGUAUUUUUGGAAGUUCUUGUGCACACGUACUAGUAGAAUAGGCCUCAGAACCAUAGACUGGACAAACCCAGAGUUAAUUCUGGCUCCCGAACAUGCUGUUGCUGUUGUGAUUGUUGCUGUGCAGCAAGAGUGGGGCUGGCCAUUCUCCCUCCUCCACAGCCCCCGCUUCUCUUUGUUUUCUUCUGCAGUGUCCUUAACAUGGAGCUCUACUCUAGGAAGGUUAGUGACCAAAAGGGCUGAGGGUUGGCAUCCCUUGGUGGGAAGAGGGUAGCACAACAUUUCACAGCUUUAGAUAUAGAGGGCCUGGUCCUUUGAGCACUGAUCACAGCUGACAAAGCCAGCGCCUUCUUCUGCCUCCCCCUCUGCCCCCAGUCAAACCAAACCUGACAGCUGCUUGAAGGUGGACUGACUUUGUCAGUGGGCUGUACAGGAUUUAUUGUCUAGUUUAGAAUUGGCCAGUAAAUCAUUUCUCUGUCCCAUAUUCUUUUCUCCUUCUCUUUCCCCUUUCUUUUGCCUGGUCACACUUAACGCUUUGUUCUACCAAAAGCUUUUGAAUGGAUCAGUAGAAAUGCUGUUGUAGCCCACAGUCCUUUGCCUCUUAUAUUGUGGUCUCCCAUUUUGUACACUUGUGAUUUGUCCAGUUCUAAACCCAAUAAACUAUGUAGAACCA